UAUGCCGGAACCAUCGAGCUGCAGAGGAGGGAGACGAAAAAGUUGUAACACUAAACUUCAAGGAGCUGAGUGAAAACAAAUAAUAAGAUGUGUGAGGUGUCUGCAGACCCUGUCACCCUGGACAUGCUAAAAGAAGCGAGAGAGACGGUGAGGAGCAGCCCAAUGGGUGUCAUCAACACCCCCAUGAUCGCCUGGAGGCAGACCACCCUGCCUCUCAGCAUUGACUGCAACAUCCACAUCAAACUGGAAAACAUGCAGAGAACUGGGUCUUUUAAGAUCAGAGGAGUAGCCAAUCAGUUUGCCAGGAGACCGGCGGGUGGCCGUUUUGUCACCAUGUCUGCUGGAAACUACGGCAAGUCGUUUGCAUAUGCCUCAAAACACUUUGGGUCAAAGGGCAAAGUGGUGAUGCCUGAAACCGCCCCAGAGAACAAGUCCAUCUUUAUACAGAGUUUAGGGGUUGAGGUGGAGCGAGCUCCUACAUCCUGUCUGAUAAACGUGGUGAACCGUUGUGUUCAGGAGGACAACAUGACCUUCCUGCACUCCUUCGAUGACCUGGAUCUAAUUGCAGGGCAUGCCAGUCUUGGUAUGGAGUUGCUGGAAGUGAUGCCGGAGCCUGAUGUGGUGGUGGUGUGCUGCGGUGGAGGUGGGCUGCUGGCUGGAGUAGCUGCUGCCAUCAAACUGUCAGGUUGCAGUAAAACCAAGAUCUACGGCGUGGAGCCAGAAGGAGCUUGCACAAUGUACAAAAGCUUAAUUGAGAAGAAGCCAGUAGAAAUGGACAGCAAGAGCAUCGCAUCAGGUCUUGCACCACCUUUCGCAGGCAGGCUGCCCUAUCAGCUGUGCCAACGUUACGUGGAGGGGAUCGUCCUCGUUAGCGAUGAGGAGAUCGAGGCUGCCGUGUCCACGCUCUACAGAUCCGGGCUGGUAGUGGAGCCAUCAGGUACUGCUGCUUUUGCUGCCAUUGUUAACAACAAGAUCCCAGAGCUGGAGGGCAAGGAUGUUGUGUGCAUCCUCACCGGAGGGAAUAUCGGAAAAGCCGAGCUUGUGAACUUUCAGGACUGACAAAAUUCAAAUCUGUGACUUCUUACAAAUCCGUGCCAGUAACUGUCUCAGAUAACAAUUUAGAAUAAACAUUGUUAAUGCCCAUGUUUUUACUGCUGUCGUAAUUCUGCGUCUUUCUGGUAUGUUUUUUAUAUUCUUAAAAGUCUGACAGUGUGAGAGAGUGUGCCGAUCAGAAUGUGUAGGUAAGUGCUUGACUCUGAUUGCUGAUUGGGAAUGACAGCAACUCAGCCAUGAAGUGGUAUACCACAUAACAUCACAGAGCGAGGACAGCAUAUGUUGAUGCGCAUGGUGUGCAAAGACCACCACCUUCCUGCAGACCUCCAAACUUCAUGGAAUAGGUUUCCAUGGCUGAGCAGCUGCAUCCCAGCCAUGGGCGAUCGUGGCUCAACAUUGUGGGAACUGUUUGCGGAUGCCCCCUUUCUGUUCCACCAGGACCAGUGCACAAAGCAAGGCCCAUAAACACAUGAGAGAGUUUGGUGUGGAAGAACCUCAACCUGAUAGAACACCUUUGGGAUGAAUUAGAGCAGAGACUGCGAGCCAGGUCCUUUCGUCCAACAUCACUGUCUGACCUCACAACUGUGCUUCUGGAAGAAUGGUCAAAAAUUCCCAUAAAUCCCUCCUAAACCUUUCCACAAGGUUUGGAGCCUCUUUUCCACUCAAGUUCACAUGUGUUUGAAAGCAAAUGAGCAAAUACUUCUGGCAAUAUAGUUCACCUCCACCUCUCCAUACUGCAAACAUCAUAGUCCACAGAGAAUCCUGCAAACAAGAAGGGGCUCAGUAAUCCCCCCCGCCUUGAACCUAUCUGUCACUCCUACUGAAUACCUCACACAUGUCCUGCAGCGCGCUCACUGCCACUCCUUACUUCCUCAUGCAGUACCACAGUUCCUCUUUUAACAACCUAUCAUAUGCUUUUUUUUCUAAAUCCAUAACUCCUGACCUCCUCUAUAUUUCUGCAGCAACACUCUAAAAACUCUUUCUCAGCACAAAGCCAUAACUGCUUCUCUGAUGGCAGGGACAGAUUCAAGGAUGGCAACUCCAGGA